AGUAAGGCAGGUGCUGGAUGCUGGUAAGCUGGUGAGGUUACGAAGUAAACGAAGUUUGAUACUUUUACGAGGCUUUCAAAGGAAAUGACACCACCCUGCCUCAACCCUUGUAGAAAAACUUAAAAACUUGUUCUGUUAGUUGACCUCAUGAGCACUGCCACAUCAUUUUAAGCGCCAGAAAUUCUUGUAAAGAUGAUUUUCUCAAGACUCUGCAUAUGGAGGACCUCAUUUCAGACAAGGGGGCCCCUGCCAAGUUGUGGCUUGACCCAUCGACUUAAUGUCAGGGAAGACUUAAAGCUGGCUCUUCGGCCAAGUAUCUUGUGUCGUCUAGAAUGCAACAGAUCAUUUUACAUUACUAACAAUUUUCAAGCAAUUCGUCCUCAAGCAAAUCAUGCGAACCUUUCUAAGACAGACCAGUUCGUUCGUUCACGGCCUCGUUUAAUGAAGGAGUAUGAGAAAGAGAAGAAAAAGGACAACAUGCCUGCUGGUUGGGAAUUAAUAUUCACAUCCAAAAAGUUCAGGAUUUUGCUUUUUGCAGCUCAUUGCCUAUCGUUUGUAACCCUUUGUGCGACUCCUUUUAUUUGGGUUUAUGGCGUGUUAGACGCAGCAGACGAGGAGGAUGUUGUAUUGGGUUCUGUAAACAUCUCAAAGGCAACAGAAGUUACCUUGUUUCUUCUACUGAAUGCUUUUAUCAUGAUUGUCAUCUUUAAAAAUGUACUUUCUGUGCCAAAAAGAAUUUAUUUUAAUGAAAAGACAGGGGACUACACAGCUUUAUGUCGAUCAUGGUGGCCAUUUUCAACAGUACGAAAGCAAUUCAAAGCCCAUGACAUUAGGCCCAUACCCUUUAGAAUAAUUCCUGUCCAAUUAAGAUUUUUUAAGCACAAUGAUUACAUUGUUUCAAAUCGGAGACUCGUUUUCCCACACUUGUCUUUUCGUAAUGGGGAAGAUAGACUUUUGAUGUUGCGCUUUGUAGAACUGUAGGACUGAAGUUUAACUAUAUAAUGUAUGUCAAAACAUUAUCAAUAAAAAAAGUAAAUGAAAAA